GGGAAAUGUUAAACUAAAAUCAAAAUGGGUAUGGUGUCAUUGGUGUGUGACUUUUAGGUGGUUGUCUUGGGGAAUCACCUACUUCCUCUCCUCUCUUCCCCUCUUCAAACCCACCCAAAACCUCACUUGUCCUGACUCCUACCUCCCCCCAACUCUUCCCCAUUUUCAUCAUCUUCUCUCAACUCUUGACAACAAUAAUGCACUGCUCUUCACCUCCAUCCCUCUUCCAUUUCCACCGCUCAUCCCUAUCCUCAAAUGUCUCUUUUGCCUUUCCCAGACCCUCUAUAUCCCCAUCCUACCACCACCGUCGCCUUAGGGUUUCAGCUUCCGCCAACAACAACCCCAUUCUCAAAGCCAUCAAAACCUCCGCCGGAACCCUUGUCCUCACCGCCGCCGCCGUUUUUAUGAUGGGCAAGUUCCGUGCGUUGCCGGCGAGAGCGGAGUCGCCGAUGGUGUUGUCCGAGGAGAGUGCGACGCCUGAGGAGAAAUCUGAAGAGUCAUCGCCGUUGUCCGAGUUUCUUGAAAAUUCUGAGGCUUUGGGGGCGUUGAAAUCGGUGCUGCAGCAGAAGCUGGAGGACGGCGAGGACGGGGAGGCACUGAAGGUCCUGGAGCGGUUAGUGUCGGCGCAGCCGGAGGUGGUGGAGUGGAAGUUUCUGAUGGCGAGAUUGCUAGGGGAAAUGGGGGAGACUGAUAGGGCACGCGACGUAUUCGAGGAAAUUCUUGCUUCGAAUCCGCUGUCCUUUGAAGCUCUGUUCGGGAAUGCAUUGUUAAUGGAUCAAUGUGGAGAGGGCGACGCGGUGAUCAGGAGACUGGAAGACGCUUUGAGGACGGCUGAGAAUGAGAACAAACUGAAGGAGGCUCGCGAUGUGCGGUUGAUAAUGGCCCAAAUGCAGUUUCUUCGGAAGAAUGUGGACGAGGCAUUGAGGAGCUACGAGGAGCUGGAGAAGGAGGAUCCCAGUGAUUUCAGGCCUUACUUUUGUAAGGGAAUGAUAUACACCUUGCAGGAUAGGAAUGAAGAGGCUCGAGAGCAGUUUGCUAAGUAUCGGGAGCGUUCGCCCAAGAAGUUUGAGGUGGAGGGGUUCUUGCAGACCCCAUUGUCGAGGAUGAAGCUGUUUGGGACUGAUUCGGAGAGUUGAGUUCGGGUUUUGGGUGUUGAUAGUUUUGAGGAAUAAUGAGUGGAGAAAUGGGAGUUUUCUCCAGACUGCUAUGGUGGUAAUCCUUUUCCUCUUGUUAAAUUUUUGUAAGGUUAUCAGAUAAAUUUUAUGUUGAAGCAUCAUAGCAAGACACUACAGAAAUAAAGGAAGAGAACUCAAUUUUAGUGA